AUGGCACACGACGAGCAUCUGCGGAAGGCCUUCUCGUACUUUGACAAGGAUGGGAAUGAUUAUAUCAAACCAGAGGAGCUCCAGGAUGCUCUAAUGGAAGAUGGCGCUGAUGAUUGUACAAAUGUAGCAAACGACAUCUUCAGGGGCGGAUUUCUGGUUUUUGGCUCUACUCCUUUGAAAAUUGGCGGAGAUUGGCAACAACACUUUGCUCUCCUCCAACAAUCAACAAUUGCAUGA